GAAAUGUGAAUAGAAUAACUCCGCUGAUACUUGACAAAAUUUUUCCUUGACCGACCACACGCGUCGCCUUUUUUGAUCAUAGAAUUACGACGACAUCAGCUGUCGGGACGGUCACACACCUUGUUGCUGCUAAGAUAUGGAGUUGUUCUUCGUAUUGGUGCAAGCAGCUGUUUGGACUCUACUCAGAUCUGCGGGACAAGGAAGCAUUUCUCAUCGUAAAGCCAAAGGAAUUUCGCUUUUUACAAUUGUUCAGUUUCCUAAUUCUCCCUGUUAUCUACCAGACGGACAAGUCGGAACUUGCUACAAUAUUGGAGAAUGUAGACGACUUUCCGGUCUUCCACAGGGCAGUUGUGCCAGAGGUUACGGAGUUUGUUGUAUUUUUCAACGAACGUGUGGCGGCAUCAUCACGCAAAACUGUACUUACUUCACUAAUCCGGGUUAUCCGGGCACCUACGAUGGCAAUCAGAGCUGCACGGUGGCAGUCAGACGCCCCCAGUCUCCUAAAAUCUGCCAACUACGUUUGGACUUUGAUGAUUUUCGAUUGCUUAAUCCCGUUGCAGGAGAUUGCAUUUCCGACUCCUUUACCGUCACUGGACAGAAUUCUAAUAAUGUGAUACCUACACUAUGCGGUUCUAAUUCUGGUCAACACAUGUACGUAGACGUCGAUGACUCCAAUACGCUGGUAAAUCUGAACACAGUGACAAAUGGUCAAGGACCGAGACGUUGGAGCGUUAAAGUUUGCCAGAUCGAAUGCAACAGUCCAUGGAAAGCUCCUGCUAAUUGUCUGCAAUAUUACACGGGCAUCACUGGUAACUUCCAGAGUUUCAACUAUGACGCUCAAAAUGCUCCUACCGUUAGCGGAGGAUAUCCUCGUAACCUGAAUUAUGCCAUCUGUUUCCGCAAAGAAUCGGGUCGUUGCACCAUCGAAUAUCGAGUAAAGGAUGGUUCCGUUUUUGCCAUCUUCAAUGUCGAUGCUGGAAAUGAACCUACUGUCAAUGGCGGAGAAGCUGGCGUAGGAGUUAUGGAGUGCCCUACCGACUACUUGCUGCUGGGAGGCAUAAGAUACUGUGGAAGUAGGCUCAAUCCUUCCCUUGAAGAGGAGAAUCCCACUGAAAAUCUUCCGGUAACCGAUAAUACCGGUGGUCCCUUCGUAGUCAAUUUCGUUACCGAUUCUGAGGAGAAUGCACAAGGAUUUAAUUUAGAUUAUGAGCAGAUACUUUGCUCAUCGUCCAGAAACGACACCGAUUAGCGAGUGUAUCGUAUGUAUUUUAUUGAAUAACAAUUUGUUUUUAGUAACACUUCAAUCUGAUGUAAAAUUUUUUCUCUCAUUUAA